CUCCCUCCAUCCAAAAAAAGUUGUCAUCGUGUAGAUUUUGCAGAAAAAAAACCUUUAGCUUUUCCCGACUGAACCCACGGUCCCGUCCCCGGCGCCCGACCACGCUCACUCGCCCACUCGCAGGCGAAGCUAUGCAGCUCCCCACGCCGUGCCUCCCCGUCGUUGCGCCACAGCUCCCCUCGCACAGAUCCCUCCUCUCUUCCGUCGCACCGGAGCUCCCUCACGAAGCUCAUGGAAUCUGCCUUCCACCGUGCCUCAGCUCUCUCGCCAAUCUCAAGGAACGACUUUUCCACUUUGUUGUGUUCCUCAUCGUUGCCUUCGACAAGUCCCUCGUCGUCACCAUGGCGAGCUCCUCCCUGCUGCCUGGGCUUGCGGAUAAUUCUCCUACCUUCUCCAUGGUUCCCUGCUUGAUUCAGGUUCAGCCCCGUCCCCGCGCCAUGGAGCUCUGAUCCUAUAGGUGCCACACCUCGGCAGAAUCCCCGAAGGAUGACCUCAGCUCCUCCUCAAUAUCCCAGGCUCCUCCUUCAUGUCGAAGUGCCCAAGUGCUCUGGAACUCUCCAAGUCCUCCUCCUCGUUCCUAAGUCUGAAUUUUUGAUCUUUUUGGUCUGAUUAUUAUAUGGUAUGAUUUAUUUGUCUCUGAAAUUUUGAUGCAUGAAGUACUGUAAGUUUGUAGUCUUCAAACUGUGUUGCAUUUUGACACAUCGAGUACUGUAAAUGGAGCACUUUGUUUGUAUAAUUAGCAAAGCAAAAGUGUUGUCAAUAUUUGAGAUAACAUUUGUAGUA